AUGAAAUUUACCCACAACUCCCAAAUUCGCUGCUUUGCUCACAUCUUGAACUUGGUUAUGAAAACCAUAUUGAGGUCUCUACGCGCUAGUUCACAUAAGGAAGCCUGCGAUCUCCUGGAUGAUGUUGCUAAAAGGAGCUGGAAGACGGUCAACGCUCCUACUUCGCCGAUCGCAAAGCUUCGACUAAUUGUCCUUUGGAUUGCGCGAUCCCCUCAGCGAAUACAGAAGUGGGAUAAUCGACCUGGCUGUACAAAAGCUAUCAACUACGAUGUUGAUACUCGUUGGAACUCUACCUUUGUUAUGAUUGUGAGAGCUGAAGAGUGUCGCCGGCAGCUCGAAGAUACGAUCAAUGAUGACCCAGAUAUUGAAGCCUUGCGUCUCACACCUAACGACUGGAGACAGCUCUCGGAUAUCAAGAAAGUUCUGGCUCCCUUCAACGAAUAUACCGAGUACGUCUCUCGAGAUAGCCCAUCAAUCCAUAUGGCAGCGCGUAUGUUUGCAGAGCUCCGCUCUAUACUCCUCGCUAUCAAAGAACGCCGAGGCGAGUGGCAGAAGGUCUCACCAGCAAUGACCGUUCCGGUGUCCGAUGGAAUUACCCUCCUGGAUAAGUACCAUGACUGCGUCAAAGACAACGACAUAUACUAUAUCGCAAGCGUUCUGGAUCCGCGAAUUAAGACCAAGUGGCUCAAAACGUUACCAGAUGGAGAGAGGAUCAUUGGCCGAAUCCGGGCAUUUUCGGAGAAAGCGUAUUCCACCCCAAAACAGCCAAUAUUGACUACUACAAGCACCAAUUGGAAGAGCUUCGAAUAUCGAUUUCUGGAAGCCUUUCAGCCUACACAGGCUAACGCCGCUGAGUCUGAUAUUGAUAAGUAUUUCGAUACUCCGACAAUCAGCACUGGUUUCGAUAUGAGCCAGAGCCAGACCGAAUUUAUACGAAACUGGUGGAAUGCAAACAGGCUUGAAUUCAGUUGCAUGGCUAAGGUAGCACAAGAUCACCUUGCUAUACCAGCAGCAGAGGUAGAUAUCGAGAGAUUAUUCAAUGGCGGGAGAGAUGUGUUGGGAAUUCGACGUUUCUCCAUGAAAGGUAAGACCCUUGGGACCUUAUUAAGGCUGAAAGAUGCCGCACGUUGGAAGUCUGAAUAA